UGUGCUUCCGGGUUCAAGUGCACUACAUCGUUCACUGUCUAUCAAUGAUCUGAUUCAGUUCAUAAUCUCGUAUUUAAAUACAGUUUUCAAUCAUGUACCAUCAACCAGUACUGAAGAACAGGCGAACUCUACUGGAGCGAGCGGAUAAAUUUAUCUCGGAUGUAUAUUUCACAGACUGCAAUCUCAGAGGAAGGUUGUUUGGAGAGACUCAUCCAGUCCAGUCCAUAUCUGUGUUUAAAUGUCAGAAGCGCAUCUCAUACUCGGAGGCAAUUCAGCAAAACUUUGAACCCUGUAAAGUUGGUGACGCAUUCGGACCCACGUGGUGGACAUGCUGGUUCAAAGUGACCCUGAAGAUCCCUGAUGUGUGGAGAGGGAGAGAGGUACAUUUGAGAUGGGAGAGCGACGGAGAGGGAAUGGUGUGGCGGGAUCAACGUCCGGUUCAGGGGUUGACCAAAGAAGGCGAGAAGACUAGUUAUGUUCUGACUAAGUGCUUGAAGGACAAUGAACCUCAUAGCAUUGAUCUCUAUGUUGAACUGGCAUGUAAUGGACUCUUUGGAGCUGGGCAAGGCUCCAUGAUAGCAGCCCCAGACCCAAACAGGAAGUUCACCCUCCAGAAGGCGGAGCUUGUCGUUUUCAAUCGGGAUGUGAGGGAGCUUCUCACUGACUUUGAGAUGCUUGUGGAUAUCGUCAAGUUGCUAGGGGAAGGAGAACAGCGUGGAUACCAGGCCCUGUUCACAGCCAAUGAGAUGGUGAAUCUGUGUGACCCAGCCGAUCCCAGUUCAUUUGCUUCUGCUCGGAGUCUAGCUCAGAAUUUUUUUUCUCAGAAAAAUGGUGAAAGCCAACACGUGGUGCAUGCCAUGGGUCACUGUCAUAUUGACACCGCGUGGCUGUGGCCGUAUGAAGAGACUAUCAGAAAAUGUGCUCGCAGCUGGGUCACUGUCAUCAGACUGAUGGAGAAGAACCCGGAGUUUGUCUUCACAUGCUCACAGGCACAACAGUUUGAAUGGGUGAAAAGCUGGUACCCCGAUCUGUUCUCGGAGAUCAAGCACUUUGUUCAGAAAGGCAGAUUUAUUCCAGUUGGAGGUACAUGGGUAGAGAUGGAUGGAAAUUUGCCAUCUGGGGAAUCAAUGGUCAGACAGUUUCUACAUGGCCAGAAUUUCUUUAAGGAAGAAUUCGGACAAUAUUGCAAAGAGUUCUGGUUGCCAGACACAUUCGGUUACUCCGCUCAGCUCCCUCAGAUCAUGAAAGGCUGUGGAAUCACGCGAUUUCUCACUCAGAAGCUGAGCUGGAACCUUGUUAACACAUUUCCGCACAGCACAUUCUUUUGGGAGGGCAUUGACGGCGCGCAAGUCCUCACUCACUUUCCUCCUGGUAACUCUUAUGAGAUGAAGGGCAAAGUGGAAGAUCUGAUCAACACCGUGAAGAACAACAAAGAUAAGGGCCGAGCCAAUCACAGCGCGGUACUGUUUGGUUUUGGAGACGGGGGCGGCGGCCCCACACAGCUGAUGAUUGACCGUCUGGAACGUGUGCGGGAUACAGACGGCCUCCCAAAGGUUCAGGUGUCCAGUCCUGAUCUCCUGUUCUCUCAGCUGGAGUCAGACUCGGCCCUCUUGUGUACGUGGGUUGGCGAGCUCUUCCUCGAACUGCACAAUGGCACAUAUACCACCCAAGCAAAGAUAAAGUUAGGAAAUCGGCAGUGCGAAGCACUUCUUCAUGAUAUAGAGGUGGCCAGCUGUCUGGCUUUGUGCAGGAGGGAGAACUUCACAUACCCCGCAUGCAAACUUCAAGAACUGUGGAGAUUGCUUCUACUCAACCAGUUUCAUGAUGUUAUUCCUGGAAGCUGUAUUGAGAUGGUUGUUGAGGAUGCAUUGACGUACUAUGACGAGAUACGCACCACAGGGUUCAAACUUCUUCUCGCCGCGUGUGAGUCACUGCGCUCUGAUCCCGCUCACACAACAUCGUCCAACAUGGCUGUGCUUAACACUUUGCCUUGGGAGAGAACCGAGGUCGUGUCACUACCAGGGGAGGAACUCAAAACAAGAUUAGCUUUGGUGCGAGUUCCAAGCGUGGGGGUGUCUCCAGUAACAGACACAGCCGAGUCUGUCCCUCCUGUUUCUGUCACAACAAUGGACGAUGGGAGCAUUCAGAUGGAGAAUGGCCUUUUGAAGGCGGUGAUAGACAGAGCGGGUCGAUUGAUAUCUGUGCUUUUAGCGCAGACAAACAGGGAAGCCAUAUCAGAAGGUUGCUUCGCGAAUCAGUUCACUUUGUUUGAUGAUGUACCUCUGUACUGGGAUGCUUGGGAUGUGAUGGACUAUCACCUUCAGACAAGGAAGCCUGUAAUUGACAUCAUCGAACCUGCCAAAGUGGUGAGCUCAGGAGGAAUCCGAGGAAGCGUUACCUUCUCACUGAGAAUCAGUAACAAGAGCACGAUUACACAAGAGAUCAUCCUGGAUGCUUGCUGUCCCUAUAUCAAAUUUAACACACAGGUGGACUGGGAAGAAGCACACAAGUUUUUAAAAGUGGAGUUCCCCGUGCAGGUGCGCAACCCCAGCGCUACCUAUGAGAUCCAGUUUGGACACCUGCAGAGGCCUACGCAUAGAAACACCUCAUGGGAUUGGGCUCGCUUUGAGGUGUGGGCACACAAAUGGGCGGAUCUGUCUGAGUACGGGUUUGGCGUGGCUCUUCUCAACAACUGUAAAUAUGGUUACUCCAUCCAUCAAAACAUCAUGACCAUGUCCUUGCUUCGUGCCCCAAAAUCCCCAGAUGCCAACGCAGACAUGGGCUGUCAUCAGUUCACCUAUGCGUUAAUGCCACACACAGGCACCUUCCAGGAAUCUUCAGUUAUACAGUCUGCUUAUAACCUCAACUUCCCACUCCGCCCAUAUAAUGCUGUCAUUUCUGAAUCCUGGAGCGCGUUCUCUGUAACCUCGCCUGCGGUCAUCCUGGAGACCAUCAAACAGGCGGAAGGAAAGAAGAAUGCCCUUCUUGUACGCCUGUACGAGUCUCACGGAAGCUCUGUGACGGCCAUUCUGUCCACUUCCCUGCCCGUGAAAGAGGCCUGGCAUUGUGAUCUCCUGGAGCGACCUGAUCCCAGUAUUCCCGUCUCAAAGACGGCCUCUGGAAUAUCCUUAACGUUCAAACCCUUCCAGAUCAGAUCUCUUCUCUUAAUUUUACAGUGAGCAAUAAAAAAUUCUACA